CACGUGCUGGGGGCUGGGGCAGGGCGUACAGCUAUGGCGUCGUUACUUUGGAAAGGCGACGCAGGAGCGGCAGAGAGCGAGCGGCUGAACAGCCAUUUCUCAAACCUCAUCCUUCCCCGAAAGAACCUUCAGGUGAUUAAGAGUACUGCAAUCCCCAAAGGAGAUGAGUCUAUGAAUAUCACAGAAGAAGAUGAAGAAGAAGAUGUAGUGGAUUUAGCAGCUAAUUCGCUUUUAAACAAGUUAAUUAGGCAAUCCUUAGUAGAAUCCAGUCAUCAUGUUGAAGUCUUACAAAAGGAUCCCAGCUCUCCACUGUACUCCGUGAAAACAUUUGAAGAGCUUCGGCUGAAAGAAGAGUUACUGAAAGGGAUCUAUGCGAUGGGGUUUAACAGACCAUCGAAAAUCCAAGAGAUGGCUCUCCCUAUGAUGCUGGCACAUCCUCCCCAGAACCUCAUAGCACAGAGCCAGUCUGGAACAGGCAAAACAGCUGCCUUUGUCUUGGCAAUGCUAAGCAGAGUCAAUGCCCAGGAAUUGUUCCCACAGUGCCUCUGCCUGGCUCCCACUUACGAAUUGGCGCUACAAACUGGCCGCGUGGUGGAAAGGAUGGGGAAAUUCUGUGUGGAUGUUCAAGUGAUGUAUGCCAUUCGAGGGAAUCGAAUUCCCAGUGGCACUGAGAUCAGCAAGCAGAUUGUAAUCGGCACUCCUGGGACUGUCUUAGAUUGGUGUUUCAAGAGAAAAUUAAUUGAUUUGACAAAUAUCCGUGUGUUUGUUCUGGAUGAAGCAGACGUGAUGAUUGACACCCAGGGAUUCUCCGAUCAAAGCAUUCGUAUUCAGAGAGCCUUGCCCUCCAGGUGCCAGAUGCUCCUCUUCUCAGCCACCUUCGGGGACUCUGUGUGGCAGUUUGCCGAGCGAAUAAUUCCCGACCCGAAUGUCAUAAAGUUGCGCAAGGAGGAGCUGACUCUGAACAAUAUCCGGCAGUAUUACGUAUUGUGUGAGGACAGGAAAAGCAAGUAUCAAGCGCUGUGCAACAUCUACGGCGGCAUCACCAUCGGCCAAGCCAUCAUCUUCUGCCAGACUCGCCGAAAUGCCAAGUGGCUGACUGUGGAGAUGAUGCAGGAUGGACACCAGGUGUCCUUGCUAAGUGGGGAGCUGACCGUGGACCAGCGUGCAUCCAUCAUCCAGAGAUUCCGGGAUGGGAAAGAGAAAGUGCUUAUAACGACCAAUGUUUGUGCUCGCGGGAUUGAUGUGAAGCAGGUCACAAUUGUUGUGAACUUUGACCUUCCUAUAAACCAAGCAGAGCAGCCAGACUAUGAGACCUACCUCCACCGCAUAGGGCGGACUGGACGCUUUGGGAAAAAAGGGCUUGCCUUUAAUAUGAUUGAAGUGGAUAAGUUACCUCUAUUGAUGAAAAUCCAGGAUCACUUCAACAGCAGUAUUAAGCAACUUGACCCCGAAGACAUGGAUGAAAUUGAAAAGAUUGAAUAUUAA